CUCCCAGAAGAGCCACACCAGUAGCAGUACAACAUCUCCCAGUUCUCUGAGGCCACCACUUACACCGAGAGCAAGGAGCCUGUCUUCACUCGCCCUGCGGCAUCAGGCGACGUCUAUCAGAGAACCUGGCCCACACCCCCCCACAACGUUCCGGAAAGAUCCGGAGGACCCGUCCGCUGUGGCGCUCAAGGAGCCCUGGCAGGAGAAAGUCAGGCGGAUAAGGGAGGGCUCCCCUUACGGUCACCUGCCAAACUGGCGGCUGCUGUCGGUCAUCGUGAAGUGUGGGGCCGACCUGAGGCAAGAGCUACUGGCCUUCCAGGUGCUCAGCCAGCUACAGUCCAUCUGGGAGCAGGAGCACGUCCCCCUGUGGAUCAAGCCCUAUAAGAUCCUGGUGAUGUCAUCGGACAGCGGGAUGAUCGAGCCCGUGCUGAACGCUGUCUCUCUGCACCAGGUGAGGAAGCAGAGCCAGCUGUCUCUGCUGGACUACUUCCUGCAGGAGCACGGCAGCUACACCACCGAGGCCUUCCUCACCGCCCAGUGCAACUUUGUGGAGAGCUGCGCCGGCUACAGUCUCAUCUGCUACCUGCUGCAGGUUAAAGACAGACACAAUGGAAACAUCCUCCUGGACUCGGAGGGCCACAUAAUCCACAUUGACUUUGGCUUCAUCCUGUCCAGCUCGCCCAGGAACCUGGGCUUUGAGACCUCCGCUUUUAAGCUCACCAGCGAAUUUGUGGAUGUGAUGGGAGGCCUGGAUGGAGACAUGUUCAACUACUACAAGAUGCUGAUGCUCCAGGGCCUGAUAGCUGCUCGCAAACACAUGGAGAAGGUGGUCCAAAUAGUGGAGAUCAUGCAGCAAGGCUCUCACCUACCCUGCUUCCAUGGCUCCAGCACCAUCCGCUACCUGAAGGAACGUUUCCACAUGAGCCUGACGGAGGAGCAGCUACAGGUGCUGGUGGAGCAGAUGGUGGAUGGCUCCAUGCGCUCCAUCACCACCAAGCUUUACGACGGCUUCCAGUACUUCACCAACGGCAUCAUGUGAACAGUUCGACACCAAACCCUACUACAU